GGGGAAGAGAUGCAGAUGCCGGAGGAAGAUGAGGAUUAUGGCGAUGAAGUAGGGGUAGACCCAAAUUCGCAUUCUCUGUACAGGAGUGAAAUGUAUUUUUCGACGUCCAGUGACAAAGACAGAGAAUGGAGAGCGAUGAACGCAGUUUAGAAAGUGAUACAAGGCCGCAGCUUAUGUCGCGUAGUGGGAGGGUGAACGAGUGGACAGGGGGGAAAGAAAAACGCCAGAGGGUGGGCAAGGGCCCGGCAGGCUGAUAUGGGGUGGGGCGCGAGUUAAAAUUUAAAAAUUUGGGCCGUUCCCGGGGGUAUCGUUCGCCUUCCGUCUGGCAGGUCUCCGGUGGCUCUUUUUCGGGUGCCGCUUCCCGGCGUCGUGGCGUUCCCCUGUGUGUGGGGAGGCAGAUUUUUUUGUUGGGUGGCCUCGGGCUUGUGUUUUUUCGCUUCCCUGUGUCUUUUCCUUCGUUCGGGGGGUGGUCUCCUUGUUGUCCGGCCCUUUUGCGGAUAACCCUGGUGUCGUCCUUUUGAUUGGACCUUCCGAUCCGGCGUUGCAAAGUCGAUUUUUUUGACUUUGCGACGCCGCGUCCUGCAGGAAAACACCUUUUCGGCGCUUCACGAAAGUGUCGUAAAUCCCGAAGUACAGCGUUUUCGGGAAUGUUUUCGGGAUUUGGGCAUUUUCGCAUGAGUCCGAAAGGGUGUUUUCCCGCAGGACUUAGCACUUCACUUAGAGGGCUGAUUUAGCAGCCCAUUUAGAGGGCUGAUUUAGCAUGCGAUUUAGCAUGCUAUUUAGAGCCCUCAUUUAGCAUGCCCAUUUAGCAUGCGAUUUAAAGCCUUUCGAUUUAGAGGGGUGAUUUAGCAUGCGAUUUAGAGCGGGGUCGAUUUAGAGUGCCGAUUUAGCAUGGUCAUAUAGAGUGCGAUUUAGAGUCCUCGGGGCCGGGUUCUUCAUUCGCAAGUCGGUCGUGGGUUUUGGGUUCGUGCACCCUACAAACCGCCUCGGGGAACUGCCCUGCUUUUGUCCACUUAUUCUGGGUCUGUCGGUAUGAUCUCCCCGUGUAGGAUAGGUAGUAGGUUGCGCAGCAGUUUUCUUCCCGGACUGCCUCUUUCCGGCCGCGACCCUUCCUCCCACCACACUUCGCGCGAUAUGUCGCCCGCGCAUUCCCCGUGGACAAUAUUUCCAGAAAAUCCCAGACAGAGAAUGGAGAGCGAUGAACGCGGUUUAGAAAGUGAUUAUCCACAACUUGUGCUCUGCAGUAGUUCUUGGAAGUAGAUCUACCUCCAAUCUAUUACGGGUAGCGCGACGAAUGGCAUCCAAAUUUGUUAAUACCAAUCAAACCGAAAGUUUAGGACGCCUGGAAGGUAUACUGGACGCCCUGCCAGUGUAAUGAGUUUUCAGUUUAGGUUAUUUGUCUCCUUUUGUGUUCCGAGGGCGAUUCAACGAACUGUG